AUGCCUUCGGAAGAUAACCCCGUAUACACACUUGCAGAAGGAUGCCCUGUCGGUGACCCUUCUGCAUCCGUGAUUCUGAAAGGUAUCACACCAGGAUCCGGCGGUCUUUCGCUACUCGAGGAUACCCAGCUUCUGGAAACAUUGGCUCAUUUCCCUCGAGAGCGCAUUCCAGAACGGGUCGUUCAUGCUAAAGCUGCUGGUGCUUGGGGAGAGUUCGAGGUUACUCAUGAUAUCUCAGAUGUCACCUCCGCUGCGUUUCUGAGCGAGGUGGGCAAGAAGACCAAGGUCCUUGCACGGUUAUCAACUGUGGCAGGAGAGAAGGGCUCGUCAGACACAGCGCGAGACAUUCGUGGAUUCGCACUGAAGAUGUUCACAGAAGAAGGGAACUGGGAUUUCGUUGGUAACGAUCUACCAGUUUUCUUCAUUCGGGAUCCCGUAAAGUUCCCCAGUCUUAACCGUUCCCACAAAAGACAUCCUCAAACCGAUGUGCCAGAUUCUAAUAUGUUCUGGGAUUUUCACAACAACAACCAGGAAGGUGUGCACUGCCUGAUGCAGUUGUUUGGCGGUCGUGGAGUACCAGCAUCUCUUCGCAAUGUCAAUGGGUACGGAAACCACACAUUCAAGUUUGGUAAACCCGGAGAGAAUACCUUCAAGUACUGUAAAAUCCAGUUCAAGCCUGAUGCCGGCGUAACAACACUCACCCAAGAGGAAUCGGUAAAACUUGCAGGAACCGAGCCAGAUUACCAUGUCAAGGACAUGUAUAAUGCAAUCGAGCGCGGCGAUUAUCCAACGUGGACGAUGUAUUUGCAAGUGAUGGAUCCAAAAGAUGCGGAAAGUUAUCGCUGGAACAUUUUCGACAUUACUCGAAUUUGGCCACACAAGGACUAUCCAUUGAGGCCAGUUGGGCGUCUGACGCUGAACCGAAACCCUGAAAACCACUUCCAAGAUAUCGAGCAAGCGGCAUUCAGUCCAAGUACUCUUGUACCGGGUAUUGCUGCAAGUGCGGAUAUCAUGCUGCAAGCUCGCAUGUUCAGUUAUCCAGAUGCAGCCAGGUAUCGGGUAGGUCCAAAUUAUCAGCAAUUGCCUUGCAAUCGCGCACAAUAUGUGUAUUCGCCGUAUCAGCGGGACGGGCCAAUGCGCAUGGAUGGAAACUAUGAUGGCGAUCCAGAUUAUGUGGGGUCGAGUUUCAAGAAAAUGCGUCUUGGUCCACCAGAUGUUGCCCAUGAUCACUGGGUAGGCAAAGUAAUGUCUUAUUCUUCAGAAGUAACAGAUGAAGACUUUGAGCAACCACGAGCAUUAUGGUCACUAUUCAAGCGUAAUGGCGAGGAUGAGAACUUCGCGAAGAAUCUAGCAGGCCAUCUGUGCAAAGCCAAACCAGAAGUGCAAGCUGCGACGGUGGAGAUGUUUAACAAAGUCAACAACGAGGUUGGAGAAGCGAUCCAGAAGGUACUUGACGAGAUGAAUGACAAAGGAACCGCGGGUAUCGAACAUGAUCAGCGUCGUCCUUCCAAAGCAUAG